UUGGUUGCCGCUUCCUGUGACAACUCGACGCCCCAUGAUGGUGCGCAUGUUGCGGGUGUUGCAGUGGGGCUCCGUGUUUGCCGCGCGGCUCCUAAACCCACACUGGUCAUGUAGGUUGGCGGGUCUUUCAGUCAGAUAUUAUAGCACCAAGACGGCACCUCAGAUACCAGGCAUGGAGUACCAGGAUGCCAUUUGCACUCUGAACACCCUGCAGACCAAUGCCAGUGCUCUGGAGCAGGUACGACGAGAGCGAAGCCACCCUCAGUUGCAGCUCCAGGCCAUGAAAGGCUUCUUGGAGCGAGCCGGUCUCACAGUGGAGGAACUAGACCAUCUCAAUAUUAUUCAUGUGACGGGAACAAAGGGCAAGGGGUCAACAUGUGCAUUCACUGAGCAGAUUUUAAGAAGUUAUGGGUUCCGCACAGGAUUUUACAGUUCCCCACACUUGGUACAAGUUAGGGAGAGGAUUCGAAUCAAUGGACAGCCCAUUGGAAAAGAGCUCUUCACUAAAUACUUCUGGCAGGUUUAUGGACGGCUAGAUGAAACAAAGGAUGCCCAUGGAGGGACAAUGCCAGCAUACUUCCGUUUCCUCACCAUCUUGGCCUUCCAUGUGUUUCUUCAGGAGAAGGUGGAUUUGGCUGUAAUUGAAGUUGGAAUUGGUGGAGCAUAUGACUGCACCAAUAUUACAAGGCAGCCAUGGGUGUGUGGCAUCUCCUCUCUGGGUAUAGACCACACUCAGAUUCUUGGAGACACCAUUGAAAAGAUCGCCUGGCAAAAAGGAGGCAUCUUCAAGCCAGGAGUUCCUGCCUUUACAGUCAAACAACCAGAAGAUGCAAUGGAUGUGCUCAAGGACAGGGCCAAAGAGAUAGGAUGUCCUCUGUGGGUGUGUCCAGAGCUGAAGGACUAUCAGGCAGACUGUGGACCUUUGCAUCUGGGCCUGGCAGGCUUGCACCAGCACUCCAACGCCUCCCUGGCCCUCCAGUUGAGUCAUGCAUGGCUGCAGAAAAGAUGUCUAUCAGAUAAAAGCUUUUUCCCCACCAGUGUCGAGAAUACAGGUGUACUUCAGGCGACUUCCUUCAAGCCCAGCCCUAUCAUGGUGAAAGGGCUGGCAGACACCGAGUGGCCUGGGAGGAAUCAGACUCUGAAACAUGGAGCAGUCACCUACUUCUUGGAUGGAGCUCACACCAUGCGCAGUAUGCAGGCCUGUGUGCACUGGUUCAGAGAGACUGCGGCCCAUCAUGAAAGGAAUGCAAGUGGACCUGUGGCCAGAGUUUUACUGUUCAAUGCUACAGGAGAGAGGGAUUCAGCAGCCAUGCUUAAACUACUGAUGCCAUGUCAUUUUGACUUUGCUGUUUUCUGCCCAAACAUCACCGAAGCCAUAGCUUCUUGUAAUGCAGACCAGCAAAACUUUAAUGUCUCGGUGGAGAACAUGUUGACCCGCUGCUUGGACAACGAGAGGAGUUGGCAUCUCCAUCACAGCAACAGGGAUAACAAAGGAUCACAGCUGCUUAUUGAGGACAGCCUACCCUUGGUUCCUGAAAAGAAAACGGACACCCUGGUCUUCCCCUGCAUCCUCAGCGCCCUCCAGUGGAUUACCCAGGGUAGGGAUUCAGUGCUGACAGACCCAGCUAAGAGAGUCUUGGCAAUUAGACCCAGCAUCAUGGCCAAAGCUGCUCUGCUCCGCAACACAGCCGAGAUCCACAUCCUUAUCACCGGGAGCCUCCACCUGGUGGGAGGAGUACUCAAACACCUUGAUCCAGCUUCUUCCAAGUAAUUGGGAUCAUGUGAAAUAAGAGAAUUCAGAGAGAGAAUAAAUGGGUGCUCUGCUUAUAUGAAUUUACCUUCAUGGAAGAAAGAUAAUUUCUAUCUGUAUACACUUGGUUUUGUAGUACUAGCUUUUUGGACAGUGACUGUAGGUGAAUGGAUUAGCUGCACCCAGGUGUUGUUGUCUUGAUAGGUUCUCUACAGUAGUUGAUGCUAAGAGUCAGCUAGUGUGGACCAAGGCAGCUCCAGGCCUCAAAACAGCCCCAGCUUCACACACAGCCUUACACAUGAGCGCAUAAACGUGUGGAGCUCAUGUCUUUAGUCUUACUUGAAGCCAAAGGUGUUUACAUGAAUUGCAGAGGUUACCUUUAUGAACACCACAAUGUGAGGUGACAGAACUGGAACUGUGUGUGUGCAUGCUUCAGUGAUCACUGAUACCACCUAGAUCGGACUGCAGUGGUACAAUGUACAGUGGUUAUUACAUUUAUACAAACACUGCAGAUUAAUAGCCACCAAAAAGUGCUACAUGGACUACAUGGGGUUAUGAGUUUUUUGUUUUUUACAUAUCUAUGUGAAACACUUGACUAUUACCUUUCAUCAUCAUCAUGAAAACCAUUUUGCACGGUUUCUACUUUCAUUUUGUCAGUAUUUGACAAUGUGUCAUAUACAUUGCCUGCUCAUUUCUUUGUUAAAGGUGUGUAAAUAUUCUAACACUAGUGUUAAUGUCAGGUAGACUCAUGUAACUGACAAUCAAAUUUUGUGUAAUCUGUUUUACACUGGACUUAUAUACCAAUCAGCCAUUUUUAAGGUUUGUAUUAUAUGACAAUACAUACAGUCAUUGUAUGUAUGUGUAAUGGUGAACAUGUUGUCACUGUAUAAAAAAAAAAAACCAUUUUGGGUCUUAA